AUGAGAUUCUCCCUCCUCACCCUCCCCAUUCUCGGAGUGACCUGUCUCAACGAUGCAUUCGACACCCGUGAAGCCACCAUCUCAGGCGUCCACACCGCCCUCUUCACCGGCCUCUCCACCUGCACAGAAAUAAUCUCCUCCUUCAUCUCCCGCAUCGAUACCUACAAUCCCACAAUCAACGCCAUCAUCUCACUUAACCCCUCUGCCCUGUCCCUCGCCGCUGAGUUGGACGCUCGUCUCGCGGCCGGAAACGCAACAGGCUCGCUCUUCUGCAUCCCGAUAUUACUUAAAGAUAAUUACGAUGCGGUAGGCAUGAACACCACAGCCGGGUGUUUAGACCUCGCUGGAAAUCAACCGACCAAAGAUGCACCGGCUGUGAAGGCGUUCAAAGAUGCUGGUGCUAUUAUCCUUGGGAAGGCGAAUUUGCAUGAGCUUGCUUUGGAGGGCAUUUCGGUGUCGAGUCUGGGUGGGCAGACGAUUAAUCCGUAUGAUCAUACCAGGACGCCUGGUGGGUCCUCUGGUGGGACGGGGGCUUCUAUUGCUGCUUCAUUUGCGGUUUUCGGGACAGGUACCGAUACUGUGAAUUCGUUGAGAAGUCCCGCUUCGGCCAAUAGUUUGUUCAGUGUACGUCCGACACGAGGGUUGAUUUCUAGAGCUGGUGUUGUGCCGAUUUCCUAUACGCAAGAUGUUAUUGGUCCUAUUGCUAGGAAUGUGAAGGAUUUGGCGGUGGCACUUACGGUUAUGGCGAAUGUGGGAUAUGAUGCUGCUGAUAACACAACAGCUUUCAUCCCUGAUUCCGUGAAGGGUGUGGAUUAUUCUGCUUCAUUGUAUGGUGCUAGUCUUCAAGGUCUUCGCAUCGGGGUAUUGGAAGGAUUCUUCAACCAGACGAAUUCGAGUGAGACGACACCUGUGAAUACCGCUAUGGCGGAUAUGAUAUCAGUUCUCCGAAACGCAGGAGCAACUACCAUCUCCAUCAACGAAACAGUCUACAACGCCACAGCGAUAGGCGCACUUGACGUUCAAAGAGCUGAAUAUCGAGAGCUCCUAGAUGCGUACCUAGCUUCAUCCUCAGGAGUCCAUCCUGCAACAAUGACAGAACUGUACACCAACAGCACCAAUUUCCUCGUCCUCCCAAGCCAAUACAGCUACGUCAACACCGCUCUAGUUUCCUCGACAAGCAACACCAGUUACGCCGCAACCCAACUUCUCAUCCGCAACCUCACCACCACUCUCGCCUCAACCUUCACAACUAACAAUCUCGACGCCAUAAUCUACCCGGAGCAAAAGAACCUCGUCGUGAAACUUGGUUCGCCGUCACAGUCUGGACGAAAUGGUAUUUUAGCAGCCCUGACAGGGAGUCCGGUCGUCACUAUACCCGCGGGCUUCUCGGCGCCGUCGACAGAUGCACCGAUCGGUGUCCCAAUUGGCAUGGAGAUUCUAGGACGGCCGUGGAGUGAAGAAAUGUUAUUGGGCAUUGCGAGUCAGUUGAGCGGGUUGAGACAUGUGAGGAGGAUGCCAGUUUUUGCGAACCAGUCGGUGGAAACGAGGGUGUAUAGUGAAGUGCCCAAGAUUAUGCCGCUGGCUAAUAUACCAAGCUGUGUUGUCGGCGGGGAUGCACGCGCUGUUGCUGUUGAAGCUGCCGUCCCAGACGACGCGGCAGUCGCUGCAGGAGGAGGUGCGACAGGCUUGGACUUUGGCGUAGGCGCGCUUGAGGAGGGGGGAAGUGGAAGAGGUAAGGUCGGCAGCGGCCAUGGCGGAGGAGAUGGAGGCGGCGAGGGCGGGGGACGGGAUAUAUGCGUUUUCUGGGGAGCGGAGGAGGACUGUGAUGGCGGGGGUGGAUUGGGGGAGGGCCGUGGUGAAGGCGAGGAGGAGGGUGAGGGUUAG